CCGGACCUCCCUCUCGCUUUCUCUCGAUGGAGGCUUCCAGCUCUCUCAUGGCGGCCUCCGGAGGCCCGUUCCUCAAGUCUCUUAGGUCGGUUGCGAAUCGGCCGUGCAGAAGGAAACAGUUUUCUGUGAGAGCGAGCGGUGACGGAAAGAAGGUUCCCAGUAAGGAAAAUGGCGGGUGGAGGAUCGAUUGCUCGGCGGAGAAGCCGGCGACCCCUCUUCUCGAUACGAUCAACUUUCCCAUUCACAUGAAGAAUCUGUCGCCAAAGGAUUUGGAGCAGUUGUCGGCUGAGCUCAGAUCAGAAAUUAUGUACAUGGUGUCGAAAAGUGGUGGGCACUUGGGCGCCAGCUUGGGGGUGGUGGAAUUGGCCGUGGCUCUUCAUCAUGUGUUCAAUGCUCCCGAAGACAAGAUCAUUUGGGAUGUCGGCCAUCAAGCCUACCCUCACAAGAUAUUGACCGGAAGAAGGUCAAGGAUGCAUACCAUCAGGCAGACCUCAGGGCUUGCUGGAUUUCCAAAGAGAGAUGAGAGCGUUUACGAUGCCUUCGGUGCAGGUCAUAGCUCCACAAGCAUCUCAGCAGGGCUUGGAAUGGCAGUCGCAAGAGAUUUGCUAGGGAAGAAGAAUCAUGUUAUUUCGGUGAUCGGGGAUGGUGCCAUGACUGCUGGUCAGGCCUUUGAGGCCAUGAACAAUGCUGGCUACUUGGAUUCCAACCUUAUUGUUGUGUUGAAUGAUAAUAGACAAGCUUCACUUCCAACUGCAGCCUUUGAUGAACCUGCAAUUCCUGUUGGGGCAUUCAGUAAAGCCCUUACUACACUUCAAUCAAGCCCAAAGUUACGAAUGCUCCGUGAAGCUGCUAAGAGUCUCACAAAGCAAAUUGGGGGCCAAACAUAUGAGCUUGCUUCAAAGGUGGAUGAAUACGCUCGGGGAUUGAUAAGUGCCUCUGGAUCUACAUUGUUUGAGGAGCUCGGUCUGUAUUAUAUAGGACCUGUUGAUGGGCACAAUGUCGACGAUUUGGUCACCAUCUUUGAGAAGGUGAAGUCCCUGCCAGCUCCUGGCCCCGUCCUCAUCCAUAUUGUGACCGAGAAAGGAAAGGAGGAUCCCCCAAUUGAGGCUGCCACAGACAAGAUGCACGGAGUUGUGAAGUUUGACCCCAAAACGGGAAAGCAAUUCAAGACAAAAUCUCCCACCUUUUCAUACACCCAAUAUUUCGCAGAGUCACUCAUCAAAGAGGCCGAGGUCGAUGACAAGAUCGUGGCUGUGCAUGCUGCCAUGGGAAGUGGCACCGGGCUGGAUUAUUUCCAAAAGAAGUUUCCAGAGAAAUGCUUUGAUGUGGGAAUCGCCGAGCAGCACGCAGUCACCUUUGCAGCUGGUUUGGCCACCGAGGGGCUCAAGCCUUUCUGUGCCAUAUAUUCAUCUUUUCUGCAACGGGGAUACGACCAGGUGGUUCACGACGUGGACUUGCAGAAGCUUCCUGUCCGGUUUGCGCUGGAUCGGGCUGGCCUAGUCGGAGGAGAUGGACCAACUCAUUGUGGAGCUUUUGACAUUACAUACAUGGCAUGCUUACCCAACAUGAUCGUGAUGGCCCCGUCCGACGAAGCUGAGCUGAUGCAUAUGGUAGCCACAGCAGUGGCAAUCGACGACAGACCUUGCUGUUUCAGAUUCCCCAAGGGCACUGGAGUUGGUGUCCCCCUGCCUCCAGACCACAAAGGAAUCCCUCUCGAGAUUGGGAAGGGUAAGGUCCUAAUGGAAGGAAAUCGAGUUGCCAUCCUCGGAUACGGUUCCAUAGUGCAGACAUGCUUAAAGGCUGCAGACUCACUCAGAGCUUGUGGAAUCUUUCCCACAGUAGCCGAUGCCCGGUUCUGCAAGCCUCUCGACGUGGACCUAAUUAGAAGGCUAGCGAACGAGCACGAGAUCCUGAUCACGGUGGAGGAGGGCUCCAUUGGAGGUUUCGGGUCGCACGUCAUGCAAUUCUUAAGCUUGAGUGGCUAUCUGGAUGGGCGCGUCAAGAUGAGAUCACUGGCUCUGCCGGACCGCUACAUCGACCAAGGAUCCUCUCAGGACCAAUUUGAAGCAGCUGGUCUUACUUCUAAGCACAUUGCACGAACUGUGCUCCAAAUGUUGGGCAAGCCUAAGGAAGCACUGCAACUUUACUGACUCCAAAGGGGGAAAACUCAAUCAAAUAGAGCCAAUUAUGCAUCAUUAAGCAGUUGCAAAUACCACAAUUUUCCACUUCUUUGUAAUUAGAGAUCAUUUUUUUAAAAUGAUUCGUGUAUAUUUAUAGUUCUUCAGAUAUAAAGCAUCUGCGUUCAUCUUCA